GCCGAGCAUCACCGUCUCAUCACCCAGUGUUUACUCACACCACAGUGGUCUAGUAAACCUGCGCGGCACCGAGAGCUUAAACCGAGCGUCCUGUGUGAGUGUGUGUGAGUGCAGUGUGAGUGUGAGUGUGUGUGAGCGGAGCGGGAGGAUGGAGAGAUGAGGCGGUGUGAGAGCGGCGCUGUCUGCUGAUUACACUCUCCUUUCCGAGCAUCUGAUCCCAGCGAGAGAUGGAGGGGAAGGAGGAGUUUUUGUGCGGGGUUGUGGAAGGUUUCUAUGGGCGGCCCUGGUCCAUGGAGCAAAGAAAAGUGCUGUUUCAGUGGAUGCAAAGAUGGGGUUUGAACACAUAUCUCUAUGGUCCUAAAGAUGAUCUGAAACAUCGUUUGCUGUGGAGAGAGGUAUACUCCACUGAGGAGGAAGCUCAACUGAAAGAACUGGUGCAUGAAGCGGAGUCGCGAGGGCUGAAGUUUGUAUACGCUCUCUCCCCUGGUCAGGACAUCGUCUUCUCUAGUGCCUCUGACCUCACACUGCUCAAGCGUAAACUUCGACAGGUGGCAGAACUGGGCUGCCAGGCUUUUGCCAUUCUCUUUGACGACAUCGAUCACUCCAUGUGUCAGGCCGAUACUGAAGCUUUCUCCUCAUUCGCUCAUGCUCAGGUGUCUGUGACCAAUGAGAUCUUCCGUUUCCUGGGGGAGCCGUCUGUCUUCCUGUUCUGCCCCACCGAGUACUGCGGCUCACUCUGCUCUCCCAGUGUGUCCAAGUCUCCAUACCUACUAACAGUAGGUGAAGAUCUGUUGCCUGGCAUUUCAGUCAUCUGGACUGGAAGCAAGGUGAUCUCUCGAGAGCUGGGUGCUGAUUCACUGAAGGAGGUGCAGUCAGUGUUACAGCGCCCUCCUCUGGUGUGGGACAAUCUGCACGCCAACGAUUACGAUUCACGUCGUGUCUUCCUGGGGCCUUUUAAGGGUCGUCCCCCUGGCCUCCAAGCUCAUCUCAGGGGUCUGCUGCUGAAUCCGAACUGUGAAUUCGAAGCAAACUACAUCCCUCUGCAUACCCUUGGGACAUGGCACAAAGCAGGAAAGGAGAAGAGAGAAGGUAAAGGGCAUCAGUACUGUCCUGAGCGAGCGCUUUCUGCUGCUCUGAAAGACUGGAUGACUGAGUUGAACCAACCUCUACAGCCUGGACGCCAGAACAGGCCUACAGAGCACAAACCGUCUGCACUCCCCUCCAAACCUAAAUCUCCGGAAAGCUUAGACAAUCUGCAUGGAGCCAAGUCUAAAUCUCCAUCUGCUGCUGGGGCUUUGCUUCCUUCUCCCACCUCAGUGGUCAAGGUCUCAGCUGAGACUGAUUUCGAGGAACGGGUCCCUGAAGACCAAGGCUGGGAAAAGGCCUCAGGAAGGUGCCCAUGUGCUGGGAAAUCUCCACUCAGCGAGGCCCAAGUGCGACUGCUGGUGGGACUGCACUACCUUCCACAUGAGCAUGGUCCACCUGCCCAGAGCCUGCUGCAGGCACUUACCUGGCUCAAAAGCCACUGCCAUUAUGUCAGUGUCAACGGCAGCAGCAAGAAGAUGCAGCCACAGAAGAUGGAGGAGUGGCGGGUGCGAGCAGGCCAGUUUCUGGUUGCAUGUGAUGAGAUUGCGGUUCUGCAUGGCAGCGUGGUGAACAGUGUGAACAGAGCUGUACUCUAUGACCUUUAUCCAUAUGUCUGGGACUUGAGAAACACACUGCUUGUAGCCAAAGCCUUUAUCAGCUGGCUGGAGGGUCGGGUGAUAAGUGAAAGUUCUUCACUGGGCUCCUGGAAGAACUGUUUUCAUUGGUGUGGUGCCUCAUCAGGGGCGGAGCUUCUUGGCAUGGAGGCGGAGCCCUGGGUGUUUAAAGGAGGGCUGUCAGGGGAAGUGCAGAUGCUUCUUCCUGUAGGCACUAGCAGUGAGUUGUUCAGCCACCCCCCUCCUCUGUUUCCCACCUCUCGCCUGUACAACAUACGGCCCUUCCAGCACAAAGACAAGAUGGAGCUAUACCGCAUGGUGCGUCAACUUUAUCAGAAAACCAGAGGUGCUCAGGAUGUAACUGUGCUUCAUCCAGAUUUCAUGGGUGACAGGUAUUUGGGUGCAUCUUUGGCCCUGUGCCCAGAGUAUAGCUUCGUUCUGGAGGAUGAGCUGGGUGUGUGUGGGUGUGUUGCUGGAAUUCUGGAUGUAAGGUCAUUUGUCAAGAGGUGCCAGGCAAGCUGGCUGCCCGCUAUGAGAGACAAAUACCCCACACGUACACAUGUUGCUAAUGGACACACUGCCCAGAAGGAGGCGCUGCUGAGUUUGCAUGAAGAGCAGGAUUACCCUGACUCCCUGCUCUACCACUUCCCGUCUCAGCUCCGCCUUGAGGCGCUGCCUGAACUGGUCGACUGCAGUGUCAGCAGAAGCCUUCUCACAGCCCUGCUCACAGCACUCAAAGCUAAUGGUUCACAGGGAGUGUUUUGUGAGGUGCAGCCCACAGACCGCCUAAGGCUGGAGUUCCUCACUAAGCUGGGCUUUCUGGAGAUUGUAAGGGGAGAGGCUCGCUCCACAGAGGGACUCAUCCUGGGCAGGCUGCUCUAGAGCCUUAAUCCGCACUCGAACAAUCAUUUAUUAUAUAAUUGGACUUUUUGGGCAAUUCAUGUUUAACAGCUCCGCAGUUUAAAGUAAAGGUGUCAAGAACAUAUCCUGAAUUCUAAUAUAUAUAAACAGGUCUUCUUCGACUUCCCCUUUUGUCUCAUUUAGAUAUAAUCCUCACUACCAAUAUAAUACUGCAUUCGUUCAAGAGAACAUUGUUAAAUGCAUCUUUGUAGAGAGCAGAAAUUGAACAAAAUAUUGUACAUUGCAGUUUACCAAAUAGCAAUAAAACAAUUAUAUAUUUCAAUGAUAUGUAUAACAUUUACUCUAUUUAAAUUUGAUUUAAAUGUAGCCGCUACUUCAUCUAUAGUUGACAGCUGAUAAAACUUUAUGACUGUACUCAGCUAGCUGUCUUGUAAACCUGCUCUCUACUCUGCUCUCUACUUCACCUUCUAUCACUCCUGCAAGUGGCCACUUGUGUUAUGUAGAUAGCACACACUUCUCUGUAACGGGGAAAUCGAUGAGGGCCUGUUUGAAGCAGGAUUUGAAUACAGGGCUCUUCUGGGGCUGAAAGCAUUUUUGCCCAAAACAUACUGUUGAAUAAAAGCCAACUGGCCAACAAGGCCUGGUUAGCAUGAUGCUAACUGCUCUGUACUAGCCUUUACAUGAUUAGCAUCAUAAGAUGAUGCACUCCUUAAAAGCGAUGAAUGAAACUUCUUCUUAAAUGAUUAGUACCUGUUAACAUCUUUACCAGAGCUCUUUGUUUAAAGCGUCGCCACAGCACUUAGCAAAAGAGUUCUCCAAAGAGGAUUUUAGCUUAAGGUCAGCUGUUGCAAGUAUGAGGUCUCUCAUUUUCUUGCUCAUUCCUGCCUACAGUCAGAGAGUUGUGCAGUGGUCUACAUCAUUUUUUCCUCAUAUGACCAAACAAGGUACAUUUUUUUUUAAGGCCUCUACUAAUGAGUAACACUGAAGAUGACAUGUGUCCUGUGGUGUAGUCCAGUCUAAUGUAGUCAUUUUACCAUGACUAGUCUCAUGAAUGAUAAGAUUAGUAGCAUUUCACUAUUUUGUAACUGUUUCGGCAUUUAGACAAGGUUUUAAUCAGAAUCUGUAUAAAAAUGAAAAACUAACCCAUCCAUGUUCUUCGUAGAGCAUUAAGUGAAAUGAAGCAAUCAUGUUGUGUUCCAUAUGUCUAGACAAUUGCACAGCUUUUGUCUGACAGCUUUUGUCUGACCCUGCCAGUGACGUCCACCUUUAAUUAUCUUUAUGUAAAACUGAUUGUAUUGUAUUUAGCAACUAUGGUGCUAAUUUGUUAGUUGGUGCCAUUGAUUUUAUUGAGUAGUUACUGUAGCAGCUUUCUGCUGUCACAGAGGAAUAUUGCUAGCAAAGUUAUAAGGGUGUUUAAAGGAAGAAAAUAUGUUUUUAAUCUUAAACGUAAGUGAUGAGAGUAAAAGUAAGUAAGAAUAUGUUUUUUUUUUUCAUUCACGAUUUUCCAGUGAUACUCAAUGUCAUCAAAGACAAAAUUCCAAAAAGGUGUAGUGGUGAGACCAAAUAUUGGACAUUGGAAAAGUUCCAGAAUGCAAUGUAGCUUCAUACAAACCCGUUACACUAAACGAGGUAAAAGAUUUAUGAGACAAUGAGUGUGAUGGCCUUGGUGGCUGUAUUAGCAUGAAAGUUAUAGCUUUAGAAGAUGAGCUGUUAAGGCAGGGCACUGAAGCACUGGCUAAAUCCUACUGGUACUUCUAUUAAACAGAUAAUGUAGGAAAAUUUUAGCCUAGGUGAAAAAGCCUAGACCGACAUGUCAAUAAAACGUAGUAAAAAUAAAGUUAAAAUAGUUAUAUAUAUGCCACUGAGGAUCACAUGUUAAUUAUUAUAGAUAAAUAUGCAACUGAUUCAGCAUGGUAUUUUUCUUUAAUACAAAAAUGUACUGCAUAAGUGGGUACAUUUUCAUUAGAAGUAAGCACACAUGAGCGCACUGGUGGAAGCAGACUGUGUGUACAGAUUGCAUAUGGCCUUGACUACACCACAGACCUGGUAGUAAACUCCCUCCUUCCCCGAUGGGAGGACUUAUUCUAUUUCUGUGCCUCUGCUUGUUCAGUAAACGUGACCUGGAAACUCAGGCUACACAUUUUUAUAUGCUAGGUCUGUUACUGUUUGGUAGGAACAAUAUCCUAGACCUGCACCAGUCCUUAAAAUUAGAGAAUGUUGGUUCACACUAAUCUUAUCUAAUGUGUAACCUGGUCUGUAAACCUGCUAAAAGAUUGUUAACGAAUAACUGCCAUAGAUCAUUAUAUCAUAGAUGAUCCAGCAUGGUUUCAUCCAGGACAUUUUUGUCUGUUUUUUUUUUUUUCUUUCUUUAAACACAUACUCUUUACAUGUCUUCUAGCUUUAGUGGUAAUAUUCUGUAGCUCGAUAUAAGUGACUGCAAGCUUCUGUAGUUACAUUAGGAUUGUAAAGCACAGUGAUGAGGCUACUGUGGAUGGCAUUUAAAGGAUAGCACUGUUCUCACUGUAUACACACACACACUGUAUACACACACAGCACAUGCACAUUUGCUUAGCACUUACUUCUUAUUCUAAAAACAAGUAGAUUCUCUUUGUUCUUUUAAAUACACUACACACACGUACACAUACACAGGGCUUGCACAAUAUGAAUAGUCUCGGCCUCCUUUUCUACAGGAAUUAGCAUGAAAACUUUUUAUAUCUCCCUUUUUCUUUAUCACUACCUACACACACACACGCACACAAUCACACACAUCAGUGUAUAAAUAUCUCUGUGAAGGAGAACUUUUAUCUCCCUCAACCCCCUUAACUGCAUGCACAGAUACACACCCACUCAUUAAAAUUACAUUACUUUACACUUUUUAUGUUUGGCAAAGUAAAUGAAAAGUCAUGGCAGUUGUUUUUUUUUUUUUUUCUUUUUUUUUUAGACACUGGGUAUUGUUUUCUUUGAUGUUUACCAUUAUCAUUCCAACUCAUUUAAAGACCAUUUUUAUUAUUUGCAUGUUUGUACUUUUAAGAUUGUGUUUUGGCUAACUUUUGCACUACUCUGGCUGGUUGAAAUAAAUUUGUUUAAUAAAAAAAAGCUCUCCGACUGGGCUACUAAUGAUAUUUAAUGUAGAGUAUUUAAUGUUGGAUGUUUUUAAAGACUGUGUUGGAUUUUAUUUUAUUUUUUUGUACUGGAAUGAAGUCUG